AUGCCGACCGAUAUCAACGCCGAUGCCUUGCCGGAACUUGAGAGCCUAGCAGCAUGGGUUUCGCAGAUCGAGAUGAAGGAGGAGAAAGGAAAAAAGAACCUUUUGGAAUGUAUGGACGAAGCUCGUGAAGCGAAAGCGCGGCCGUUAUUGGAGAAGUUGGGAUACGCUACAAUACAGGGCCAUUAUGCUUUACUGUUGCGCAUAUGCGGUAAAGCUUCGAUUGAGAAACCCGAGGAAGAUAAACGAACGUUGUUAUUCUUCCCUCUGUCCGGAGACGUGCAGGUUGCCGGCGAAGUCCUUAAACCAGGGACCUACAUUCGGCUCACAAAGACUUUGGACCUUGACGCACAUUUGGAUUGUCUGAUUAUCGUUCUACCAUAA